AUGAUCCUCAUGGGUGAGGCAGAAGGUCCCAGCUCAGGUCCCAGGCUCCUGGCGGCACAGCUGGAAGCCCACAGAAUAAGACUGGAAGAGUCCAGAGGGCUAAGCAGUGACCACGGGGUCCCAAUCAGGGAGCGAAAGAUUCUGCCUUUUCUGCUCUUCAGCUCUGUAAAAAUCAAUCUCAUCUUGGUUCUGUCGCUGUCUGUGGUGCACACCUUUUGGUGUUAUCCAGUUUUCUCUUCUAAGGUGACUGGGAAACCUGAUUACUUUCUCAUCCUACUGAGCAGCUGCCCAACCAGGCUGGAGGGGAGCGAUGGACUAGCUUUUCUAAAGCCAAUUUUGGAGAAGACAUCGAUGAAAAGGUCCUUUCGCAACGGAGUCGGCUCAGGGGUGAAAAAAACUUCAUUUCGAAGAGCAAAGCAAUGA